AUGUUAAGAAAGACAUUUCAAUCUAGUACUACUAGAUAUCAAAAAUCAAUAUUAAAUAAUAUCAAUGGUAGUUUCAAAAGAUUUGUGAGUAGUCCAUCAGAAGACUAUAAAUUCAAAAAUUCUAUGGGAACAGGAUUUGAUAAAGUUACACCAGAAGGAUCAAUGUUAGGUAAAACCACUUUCACUGAAGUUUUGGAUGAAGUCGAUAUGACCUGGAGUAAAGAUGAUCAUAAAGGUGAACAAACUUAUCCAAAUUUAUUACAUCAACAUGAAAAUGCUAAAUCUGGUGAAGUUAAAGCUCCAGUAGUUAAACAUUUUACUGUUAAUUUUGGACCUCAACAUCCAGCUGCCCAUGGGGUUUUACGUUUAAUUUUAGAAUUACAUGGUGAAGAAGUUGUUAGAGCCGAUGCUCAUGUUGGUUUAUUACAUAGAGGUACAGAAAAAUUAAUUGAAUCAAAAACAUAUAUGCAAGCAUUACCAUAUUUUGAUAGAUUGGAUUAUGUUUCUAUGAUGACAAAUGAAUUAAGUUUCGCUUUAGCUGUUGAAAAAUUAUUAAAUAUUGAAGUACCAUUAAGAGCUAAAUAUAUUAGAACUUUAUUCGGAGAAAUGACAAGAAUUUUAAAUCAUUGUAUGUCAGUUUUAACCCAUAUUAUGGAUGUUGGUGGUUUAACACCUUUCUUAUGGGGUUUCGAAGAAAGAGAAAAAUUAAUGGAAUUUUAUGAAAGAGUAAGUGGAGCCAGAUUACAUUCAGCUUAUUUCAGACCAGGGGGUGUUAGUCAAGAUUUACCUGUUGGUUUAUUAGAUGACAUAUAUAUGUGGGCUACUCAAUUCGGUGAUAGAGUUGAUGAAGUUGAAGAAUUAGUCACUGAUAAUAGAAUUUGGAAAGCUAGAACUAUUGAUGUUGGUAUUGUUUCAGCUGAAGAUGCAUUAAAUUAUAGUUUAAGUGGUGUUAUGUUAAGAGGUUCAGGUAUACCCUUCGAUAUUAGAAAAUCUCAACCUUAUGAUGCUUAUGACUUAGUUGAUUUCGAUGUUGCUGUUGGUGUUAAUGGUGAUUGUUAUGAUCGUUACUUAAUUAGAAUGGUCGAAUUCAGACAAUCUUUAAGAAUCAUGGAACAAUGUAUUAAUGAUAUGCCUGAAGGUCCAGUUAAAGUUGAAGAUUAUAAGAUAAAUCCACCUCCAAGAUCUUUAAUGAAAGAAGAUAUGGAAGCUUUAAUUCAUCAUUUCUUAUUAUUCACUAAAGGUUAUGCUGUUCCUCAAGGUGAAACUUAUACUGCCAUUGAAGCUCCAAAAGGUGAAAUGGCUUGUUACGUUGUUAGUGAUGGUAGUGAAAGACCAUAUAGAUGUAAAAUUAGAGCACCAGGGUUUGCUCAUUUAGGAGCUUUCGAUCAUAUCGCAAGAGGUAAUUUAUUAGCUGAUGCCGUUGCUAUCAUUGGUACCAUGGAUUUAGUCUUUGGUGAAGUUGAUAGAUAA